AUGCACUCUAGUUUCUCGGACAGCUUGGGGCAUUUUUCUUUCCACCUCACUGUGGUCUAUGCUCUGAACUGUCCCCUUCAGAGGAAUUCUCUUUGGUCUGACCUCAGGUCCUUGGCCCCGCAAGUUGGAUCCCAUCCAUGGGGGCUUGGUGGUGACUUCAACAGCAUUAGGUACAGCUAUGAGAAACAGGGAGGCGAGCAGCCUGACUUGGAAGCUUUCAAUUAUUUUAAUGAAUGCCUGGAAGAUAUAGGUGUCAAUGAUCUCAGGUGGUCUGGUUUCCCUCUUACUUGGAGCAAUAAAAGGGCAGGUUCUAACCGUAUUGCUUGCAAGCUGGAUAGAGUUCUUGUCAAUGAAGAAUGGCUAACCUCAUUCCCCACCUCUCAUGCUAUAUUUGACAAUCUGGACAUCUCAGAUCAUUCCCCCAUCUCUCUUGAGAUUCAGCCCUUCACCUCCUUUAGCCCCAAACCUUUCAAGUACUUUGAUAUGUGGUCCUCUCAUGAAACCUUUUUGCCUCUUGUCCAAGAGGCUUGGAAUAAGCCUGUUUUUUCUUUCUCCUCUCCUCUUUUAGCCUUCUCCAAAAAGCUUAAGAAUGUCAAGGCUGCCCUCAAAGUUUGGAACAACACCACCUUUGGCAACAUUUCUAUUCAAGUCUCUGAGUGUAAAGAAAAUCUUGCUUCAAUUCAGGUUCAGCUGCAAUCUGAUUCUCUAAAUGAUCUUCUUGCUGAGGAAGAGAAAGAGGUCUCCAGGCAUCUGUCCUCUUUGCUGGCUAGAGAAGAAAGCUUCCUAAAAAAAAAAUCUAGAAUCAAGUGGCUUGAUUUGGGGGACUCUAAUACAGCCUAUUUCCACUGGUCGGUGAAAGCUAAAGUCAAUGCUAAUUCCAUUGUGCAGCUAACUCUUCCGGAUGGCUCUACUGUCAACACUGUCAAAGAUAUUAAAGACCUGGCUGUUCAGCACUUCAAAUCCAUCUUCUCCGGAUCUUAA